AUGUCAUUUUAUUUGUUUUCAGAAGACUAUGGGCGGAUAGUUUCCAGGAUGGAACAGUUUAGAAUUGGGUCGUUUUAUGGACUUGAUCAAAUUGCUAAGCAAGCUUGCAGUAAGUGUGGAAGAAGAAGAAUGUAUUUCUGUUAUGACUGCCGAAGGUAUAUGCCUUCGGUGUUUGAACUAGCUCCACUUGUUGAGUUGCCUGUGAAAAUAGACAUCAUCAAGCACAAAAAAGAAAAGAAUAGCAAAAGCACAGCUGUGCAAUGUCUUCUUUUAGCUCCUUUUUCGACUACUGUGUAUGACGCACCAACUCUUCCUGAUUAUGAUGGAACAAUUGACGAAAAAGUGGUGAGGGUAGUAUUGAAGGCUAUUGUAUAUCCUUCACCUGAAGCAAAACACAUAGCAGAUUUUAUUCGUGAGAACGGCAGUAUUGAUCGUUUUGUUUUUCCGGACGCCACUUGGUUUCAGGUUGGUGGUCUCCUCUCAUUACAGCAGUUGCAAAAAUUACCUCAAGUCAGGUUAAAGUCAUACAAAACUUUGUAUUGGAGACCUCAGAAAGGUUGUUCAGACGAGUACUUGGCAACUGUAGAAGCAGUGUAUUACGCAGUUCGUGAAAAUUAUGAGGUCGUGAACUCAACGCCGUAUGAUGGCCGAUUUGACAACCUUUUGUUUUGGUUUCUCUAUUUUAGGAAAAUGGUGGGUAACAGCCAUACCAAAAAGAAAUGGGACUUGCAGAAGGGAUUAAACGACAAAUAA